AAAUCUUCAUCAUCAUUUGUCUACAUCUCUUCUCUCUCUUCACGAGAAAGAGAACAAGAAAAUAUAAAAAAAUAAAGAUAAAAAGAUCAUUCAAGAAUGGGGAAAUACACGGAGAUGUUGGAUGCAGGGGUGAGAAUAGCGGCGAGGUUUCAUUCUCACUGUCCUCAGACGGCGCGUCUCUAUUACCAUCCUCCGUCCGACAGCCAUCACCUCCAUCAUGGUGUCACCGAUUUAAUGGGAGGUGGAGUUUUGGGUGGGUCGGGUCAAGAUUCUACCGGGUUGGUUGGUGAGUUAGGAGGAUCCGAAACUGCUGCUGGUUGCGGUCUCAAGGCUUCUCAAGGUCAAGGGUCUGAAGAUGCCAGGGAUCUCUUGUUAUUCUCUGUUGUUUGAUUGAUUUAUCACAAAAAAUAUAAAUAUUAUAGAAUUAUUAUAACCUUUUUUGGUUGAAGAAGGGAUUUGAUGAGCCAAUGUUUUGAUAUUUUCAAGUGUUUUUUUCUGUUGUUUUAUUAUUGAAAAAUGUUCUUAUGAGUUUUGUGAUACAUUGUAACAAUCUCUGGAUUCCAAAAGAUUAUUGGAUGUCAAUGAGAAUUUGAUUAUUAUUUUCUUUGUUUUA